GCCCAAGCGCAGCAGUCGCAGCAGCAGCAGCGGCAGCGGCAGCAACUGGGCGAGCAGCAGCAGCAGCAGCUGCAGCAGCAGCAUUGCUUUGACCGGCAGCAACAGCAGCACCAGCGUUUCGACCAACAGCAGCAGGAAGAUUUGCUGCAGCGGCUGCAGCAGCAGGGGCAUCGUGAGCUCCACUCCAGACCCGCUGCAGCUGGAGCUGCGCCUUCCUCACCUCUCGCAGCAACCACAGCAGCAGCAGCAGGAGCAGCAGCAGCAGCAGCCCUCACCCCUGCGCAGCACUCCGCUGCUACCCACCCCCUCCAGCCCCAACAGCCCUCGCACCAGCAGCACCAGCAGCAGCAGCAGCAGCCCUCGCACCAGCAGCAGCAGCAGCAGCACCAGCAGCAGCAGCGGCACCAGCAGCAGCAGCAACACCAACAGCAGCAGCAGCACCACCACCAGCAGCACCACCAGCUCCGCCGCCAGCGCCCCCCCCACCCGCAGCAGCAGCAGCAGCAGCAGCAGCAGCAGCAGCAGGAUGUCGGGCUACGCGAGUUUCGUGCCUCGCGCUGCGCUGCUUGCUGCUGCCUUUCUGCGCCCCCCCGGGCGCUUCAAGCGCGCGACUUUGCGCGAAAGUCCGCAGCAGCUUUUGGGCCCCGGAGAGUCUUUGGUGAAGGCAGCAGUUCGUCGCCGCGAGAAGGCCCGCCGCUUCUCCCUGCUGCCCCCAGCCAGGUACCUGCAGCAGCAGCAGCAGCAGCAGCAGCAGCAGAGGCGGCGGCAGCGGCGGCGUAGGGGCUGCGGGGAGGUAGCAGAGGCGCCGCUCCGCAGCUGCAGCAGCCAAUCGAGCAGCGCCCCCAAAGAGACUGCCAGCAGCAGCAGCAGCAGCAGCAGCAGCAACAGCAACAGCAGCAGCAGCAGCAGCAGCGGCAGCAGGGGGCGUGGGCAAGUGCCAGUGCCGCUGCCGCCGCAGCGGAAAACCCUGGAAGAAGUGCGGGGGGUCCCUUCUGUUGCUGCUGCUGCACUGCAGCACAGACUGGCCUUUUUGCUGGGGCCCCAGGCCCCGCUGCAGCAGCAGCAAGCAAAGCUCAGAGAGGGCCUCACCCCUUACCAGGCCGAGCUCUUCAUGUGGCAGAGACAGCUGACAGAAAUUCGCCGCAUUUACAGGGCCCAGUAUUUGCAGCGGCUGGCAGAAGUGACUCGCGAGGAGAGGCAAAGACACCAGUUGCUGCUGCAGCAAACCAGGGAGGAUAAGCGCUUGAGGCGCGAAGAGGCCCUCGACCGUUUGCUGGAAAAGACGAAGAGAAGGGCCGUGCUGCACGAGCGGCAGCAAAUCGAACGCAAAGUUACUCAGGCAGUGCAGCUCGGGCGCGUGUCCCGCAAGAAGACGGCAAACCUUCUGUGGCUGAACAAGCUGCAGGCCGCAGCACAUUACCAGCAAGCUGAAAAGGAAGCUUAUGAGUCCCAGGGGCCCUCGGGGCCCCACACGACAGUGCAGGAGCAGCAGCGAGCAGCAGCAGCAGCUCGCAAGGAGGCCCUCAGGUCAAUUGACGAAAGGAAUGUGUCUGCCACGCAGAUCCUACAAAGUUUAGGCUUCUGCGGAGAGCCUCGAGUGUCUCCAAACAAAAAGAUAACUGGCACAGAUGAUGUCUUCAGGGAAUUGAUGGAGGCCUCAUUUGCUUUGCUGCCGGAAGAUGGGCCCUCUUCGAUGCGGACUAGGGGCCCCCAUGACGCAGCAGAAAUGGACACUCCUGCUGCUGCUGCUGCUGCCGAUGCUACUCGCCCAAAGCUCACUGAGAAGGAAAGAGCAGAGCUGCAGUAUUCUGCGUUUUCAAACGAAGAGAAGCUGGCGCUGAUUGACCAAAAGCUGGAGCAGCUGACGCAGCAAAUUGAGCAGCAAGCUGAAGUCCGGGGGGCCCCCACGGACUUGCUGCUGGUGCAGCUAAGAGACCACCUCGAAGCAGCCAAACAGGCCUACCUGGAGGGGCAGUACCUUGAGGAAACGGAGCAAAGAAUGCAGCAGCAGCAGCAGCAGCAGCAGCAGGGAGGGGCAGGAAAAGACCCCAAAGAGUAA